AUGGCCGGAAGCGCCGGAAGCGCCAGCUCCGGCGUUCGGCUCCGGCAACUCAGCCGAGUCCCACGAAUGGCUCGGGGUGGAGAGGAUCUUAGGGCCUAUGCCCAGAGUCUGCCGGUGCCUCCAGACUACACAGGGCCACCGUACCAAGGGCCGGCAUCGGUGAAUGAUGCGUUCAUUGAUCACCUGCUGUCCCUCUACAAGCAACAGGGCAAGCUGCCCAUGAAGUAUGCAUACUUGAUGGCGCUUGACGUUAUGGACAUUUUGAAGCAAGAGAAAACCCUCCAAAGAGUAGCAGUUCCACCAGGCACGAAGAUUACUGUGGUCGGUGACCUGCAUGGUCAGUACUUCGACUUCGUCCAUAUGAUUCAGGAGGUUUCGGGCAAGCCCAGCCCUCAAAAUCCAAUCCUUUUCAACGGGGACUUCGUGGACAGAGGGCCAUGGUCGGUAGAGGUGCUCCUCUGCCUCUAUGCCUUCAAGCUCCAACAUCCUACAGCGGUCCACUUCAACCGUGGGAACCAUGAGUCAGAGAUGACAAACUAUCAGUACGGCUUUGCCGGUGAGGUGCAGGUGAAGUACGAGAAGAAGCUGAUGGAGCUCUUCAGCGAGACCUUUCGUUACCUCCCCUUGGCCCACGUCCUGGAGAAUCAGGUCUUCGUCGCCCACGCCGGCCUUCCGGGCCCCGAGGAGCGGCUCUGGGAGGAGUGGAUGCAGAAGGCCCCGGAUGAGGCCGCGGGGGUCCUGAAAAGGGAGAAGCAGAUCACGCUCGCAGAGAUCGAGGCCACGAACCGAGUCUGCGAGCCCAAUCCCAUGGAGUUCCCGCUGGUCAUCGACUUCCUUUGGUCAGAUCCCAAGGGUGCCAACGGCUACGGGCCCUCUACUCGAGUCCCCAUGGUUUACACUUUUGGACCGGAUGUGGCCCAAAGGUUCCUUGCCGCUAACAACCUCAAGUACAUGCUCCGAUCACACGAGACGAAAUCCGCGGGUUAUCAAGAGACGAUCCCGAAUGUGGUCACAGUCUUUAGUGCUCCAAAUUACAUUGACCGAGCGGGCAACUUGGCGGCAGUUGCGGUUCUCACGAACCAGGCCGGGAACCUUGAGAAGCAGUUUGUGCAGUUCCAGCAUCAGCCACAUCCCGACAUUGAAAGCGGUGCCUACAUGAAGGGCAAGUCCCUGGCACCUGCGUGA